AUGAAAGACCAGAGUCUGUCGCCAUUUUUGGACCAACCGUCGCGUUUGGACAUCGCCCAGACAUCCACACGCGACCGGCUCGGGAGGCUCGAGUACGAACUCCAGACACUAAAAACAGAAAAGAAGUUGGUCGAAAAUGGCCGGGAUGCCACUGUGUCCAAGUACGAACGGCUCCUCGAGGCGAAAAACGACGAGCUCGCGCGGUUGCAGCACAACUUCGACUGGGUGUAUGCGCAGAAGUUGGAGCUUGAAAAGAAACGCGAAAGCGCAAAAUCGACCCCGAGACGAACCGACGCCAAAGACGUUUCGGAGGCGAAACUGCUCCGCGCAGAACUCAAGGAGACCCGUGCCAAGUACGCGCUGGUGGAGAAAAAGUACGGAGCUCUUCAAGACAAGUACGAGCAUUUGAGAGCAGAUCUCAAUAGCGAAUUGGCCGCCCAUGAUCAGUACGUGAGCCGCAUUGGCCAAUUGCAGCGGGACGUCCAGACGCUCACGGCGUCCAACAAGCGCUUGUUGGAACAGCAGCAGCAACAGGCGUCCAGCACCAUUUCCGGCGCCGAAACGCUCAAGUUGCGGGUUUCCACGCUCCAAAAGACAAACACCGAGUUGCAGGCACGCGUCGACCAGUGUCUCCAGCAGAAGACGGGCAACGAGUUGCUCAAGCAUAAGAACGCGUCUCUUUUGAGUCAGAUCCAUGCCUUGGAGGGCUACCGCGAGAAAUGCACCCGCGUGGAGCGGAUGUAUUCGGCGCUCCAGGCCAAGUUUAACGAGUACAUCGGAGUCAUUGCGGCGUCGAUCGAGCCGCUGUCAUCGGGUGAGAAUGCUGAGAACGCCGAUGAAUCCACUUCGGUGCGUGACUUCGUCCAGUCGUUCAAGCUGUUGCAGAAAAGACAUUUGGUCACGUACGAUAAGCUCAACGAGGCACAGGCCCGGGUGGUGGCUUUGGAGGAUCAGUUGGCGGCUGCCAACAACCGAAUUGAACACGAAUUGACUCCCGAAAUCAAUGUUCUCAAAGAGCAGGCCUUGGAGAAGAAUACCAGGAUCGCUAGUCUUUCAAGGACAGCUGUGUUGAACCAGAAGGAGAUCGAGUUUCUCAGAAACUCACUCAAGGAGCUUGACCGGUUGUCUGCUGCAAACAACAAACAGACGUCCGUCAAUUCGGCCUCCGCUGGCUCUGGCUCUGGCUCUGGCUCUGACUUAUAUCUCUCCAACCUAGAGAAACUCGUGGACGAGUAUAAACUGGAGAUUGACGGCUUACGUAAACUGUUGUCUGCGUCAAACGCUACCACCAUUGAGGCACCUACAAAACGGCCCCGUCUCGUUGAAGAUUCGGAAUCCAGGGUUCACACACUCUCUGCAAUGCGGAAGGAAAACAUUGAGCUUCUGACAGAAAUCCUUACGUUGAAGGAACAAAUCAUUAAUUUGAAAAAGCAGCUUGAAAGCGUUGAGGGCAAAUCGGACCCGAGCACCAAUCCAUCGCCUAUUCUCGAACUCCGUCGAAACCCUUUUGCAAAUGACCAAUUCAUCAAGCAACAGACGCUUGAUGUGUUGCGAAACGAGAACUCCGAUCUCAUCAAGAAAUAUGUCGAAAACGGCUCCGUCAAUGAAGUUCCCAGAGCAGUCUACGCUAGGCAAGAACAUGACAAGGAUGCUUUGCAGGAAAAGCUAGACUUGCAAAUCAAGAAGCUCAAUCGUCUCAAAUCGGUGUACUCUGAAAGAAGCAAAGACAUCAUUGCCUUGAUCUCGCGCUACUUUGGGUACUCCAUUGAGUUCAUUCCAAACCCUAUCAAUCCGAACGAUUUCUGCUCGAAAAUCAAGCUUGUCUCCAAAUACAUGCCUCAAGAUGAUGCCAACGGCGGAAAUGCUCCGUAUUUGAUCUUGGACGUCAAAAAGCGCUCAAUGAAAGCUCAUGGUAACUACGAAUUCAAGACACUCUGCGAGGAGUUGGUCCAACAAUGGGUCACUGACAAGUAUCAGAUCCCGUGCUUCUUGAGUGCUCUAAAUCUACAAAUCUACUCACAGAUCUCGUCUUAA